UACCAUUUCGCAUACAGUUCAGUUCCAAGAUCAAAGACCCAAAAAAACGGACAAUUUUUAAAGUCACUUUUUAUUAAUUUUUACACACGUCUAAACGACUCGCGGCUCGCGUCUACUACGGAUCUGCUCCCGAUCUUAUUUCGUUCUUCUCCGCGUACUUCUUCUAUCUUACUCGUCUUCUCAUUGACCUUUUACCAGUACGCCGCGGAGAGCCGCGCAGCGCGCGCAGUAAUACAUUAUAUAGAUAUCUCGCGUUUAGAUGUUUCGAGACGAUAGACGUUUUAAGACUUUUUUUGUUUCUUGCGACUAUACUUACGAAUGUUAAGGAAGGUUAUUGAUAAAGUUUAGAUAGUGGUCUUUGAGACAUUAUAAUUUGAAGAUUAAUCGGUUCGUAAUAAUAAUCUUCUUUUAUCAAGUAAGACAUAGAUAAAUGGAAAUUUCUAAAAAUAAGUUCUAAUCUCUUUACAACAGUAUUAAAUUCUGAAGCAAGUAGAAGAUUAUAGCCAUAAGUAAUCAUAAUACUUUUGAGACAUCAUGGGUAUUUUCUUCAAAAAAGCUACGCGGUUUGUGAGUUAGCUUCGUGUUUUGAAACAUCGUUAAAUGCAACGAUUUUCGUGGACGUUACAUUACUGCAUCAGGGCAAGAGACAACUUGAUACUGAACAUUAUUCAACGAUAUCUCGAGACACAAAGAUAACCAGCAAAUCACAUCAAUCAGCUUUCCUCAAUAAAUUGGACUUUUCCAGUUUGUUGAUAAACAUCAUUAAACAAGGGAAAAUCCAAUUACAAAAUUGUCUGUUAAAUUUAUUUGUUUGUUUAUGAUAUUGAAACAGCGAUUUGAUUUAAUCUGAAGCAAAUAUUAGCCACUUUAUAGUGAACGUGAAUCAAGAAUUAAAAAAGCAGAAAGAAAAUUAAUCUUAGAUUGAUCACCAGAUUAACAAACCAUGAUCGUUACUAUAUUGCUACUACUUGUCUUUAUUAUAUUGCUGUGUGAGUAUUACAUACAUUAUGGACCAAAAGGGCGACUUAUCAAUCUCAUACCAGGACCACUACACUAUCCAAUAAUUGGUUUUGCGUGGAACUUGCUAGAUUCACAAGAGAAUCUCUGGAAACUUUUGAACUAUAUGUGUGAUAAGUACUAUCCCAUUUUAAAACUUCAGAUAUUUCAUAUAUCUAUCGUAUCCAUCCGUCAUCCGGAUGAUCUGGAGACGAUACUAAAUAAUACAAAGCACAUCAAUAAAAGUUUGAUUUAUGACAUAUUAUUUCCUUGGUUCAACACGGGUCUUCUCACCAGUAAAGGUGUUAAAUGGCACUCGCGUCGAAAAAUAUUAACUCCAGCAUUUCAUUUUAAUAUAUUGCAGCAUUUUGUUGAAAUUCUGAUCGAGGAAAGCGAAAGUAUGACAAAAUCAUUGAAGAAUGUAGGAGACGCUGUUGUAAAAGAUUUAGUACCAUUUAUUAGUGAACAUACGCUGAAUGCAAUAUGCGAAACUGCCAUGGGCACUUCUCUACAACACCAUGGUGCGUUCCAGCAACGAUAUCGAGAAGCAGUUCACAAAAUGGGUGAAAUUAUCAUGUACCGAUUAAUGAGGCAAUGGCUAGCAAACGAUUGGAUCUUCUCAUUGACGCCAAAAGGUAAAGAGCAAGCCAAGACUCUGAAGAUACUACACGGAUUCACUGAAAAAAUUAUUGCGGAAAGGAAACUUUAUCAUGAACGUACAAAUUAUCAAUAUCUAAAAGAUUUAGAUAGUGAAACAAUGACAAAGAUGGAUCUAGAAAUGGUUGGAAUUCGGAAAAAGCGGCUUGUGAUGUUGGAUCUUCUAAUAGCGGCAUCUCGAGAGGGACUCUUAACUGAUUCAGAUAUCAGAGAGGAAGUGGAUACUUUUAUGUUUGAAGGUCACGAUACAACAGCAAAAGCUAUAUGCUUUGCUCUCUUAUUAUUAGCUGAGCACAAGGACAUUCAG